UUUAAUUAUAAAAAUAUUUCAGAGUUUUACUCUGUUUUUUUUAUUUUAAUAGAAGUUUAAGAAUAACGGUACACGAAUUGUACACAUACAAGAUUGGUGUACUAAAUUUUGACUCUUAAUGCAGUGAUAUCUUAAGAGUUUAUCUAAUUUUUAAUUGUAUCAGUUUUAACAGUUCUCUUGAAUAUAUAUUUCAAUGCCGCGAAACAAAGCUGUAGAGGAAACUGACAAACAAAUUCGAAUAGCUAUUGUUAAUAAUGACAAAUGUAAACCCAAGCGAUGUCGGCAAGAAUGCAAAAAGUCAUGUCCUGUUGUCAGAAUGGGAAAACUAUGCAUAGAAGUUGCUCCUAAUGACAAAAUAGCAUCAAUAUCAGAAGAGCUAUGUAUUGGUUGUGGUAUUUGUGUGAAAAAAUGUCCAUUUGAAGCUAUAACAAUUAUUAAUUUACCUAGUAAUUUAGAAAAGGAUACAACUCAUAGGUACUCUAAAAAUUCAUUUAAAUUGCAUAGAUUACCUACACCAAGACAAGGUGAAGUCUUGGGAUUAGUUGGAACUAAUGGAAUUGGAAAAUCUACUGCCCUUAAAAUUCUUGCUGGGAAACAAAAGCCAAAUCUUGGACGUUUUUCAGAUCCACCUGAUUGGUCAGAAAUCUUAAAUCAUUUUAGAGGUUCUGAACUACAGAAUUAUUUUACAAAAAUUUUGGAAGAUGAUUUAAAAGCAAUGAUAAAACCUCAAUAUGUUGAUCAAAUCCCAAAGGCUGUAAAAGGAACUGUUCAGCAAUUGUUAGAUAAGAAAAAUGAAAGAAAUAAUAUUGAAGAAAUUUGUGAUUUUCUUGAAUUAGAUAAAAUUCGAGAUAGAUCUAUUGAUCAACUUUCUGGAGGAGAAUUACAACGGUUUGCAUGUGCCAUGGUUUGUAUACAAAAUGGAGAUAUAUUUAUGUUUGAUGAACCAUCUAGUUAUCUUGAUGUGAAACAACGUUUAAAGGCUGCUCUUACAAUUCGUUCAUUAAUAGCUCCUGAUAAGUAUAUUAUUGUGGUAGAACAUGAUUUGUCAGUUUUAGACUAUUUAUCUGAUUACAUUUGUUGUCUUUAUGGAGUACCUGGAGCCUAUGGUGUAGUUACUAUGCCUUUCUCAGUAAGAGAAGGAAUUAAUAUAUUUUUGGAUGGUUUUGUACCAACUGAAAAUCUUCGUUUUCGAGAUGAAAGUCUGAUAUUUAAAGUGGCUGAAAGUGCAACUGAAGAAGAAGUAAAACGAAUGACUCAUUAUGAGUAUCCAGAGAUGUCCAAAACUCUUGGAAACUUUUCUUUAAAAGUUGAAAAUGGGCAAUUUACUGAUUCUGAAAUUUUAGUGUUAUUAGGUGAAAAUGGUACUGGAAAAACCACAUUUAUUAAACUGUUGGCUGGAAUUAUGCCACCUGAUGGUGCUAAAGCUGAUUUGCCUCGGUUAAAUGUAAGUUACAAACCACAAAAAAUUAGUCCAAAAAGUCAAUGUUUAGUUAGAGUUCUUCUACAUGAAAAAAUAAGAGAUGCUUAUGUACACCCACAAUUUGUGACAGAAGUUAUGAAACCUUUGAAAAUUGAUGAUAUAAUGGAUCAAGAAGUUCAAAACUUAUCAGGAGGAGAACUGCAAAGAGUAGCUAUUGCACUUUGUUUAGGAAAACCUGCUGACAUAUAUUUAAUUGAUGAACCAUCAGCUUACUUGGAUUCUGAGCAACGUUUAGUGGCUGCUAAAGUUAUUAAAAGAUUUAUUUUACAUGCUAAAAAAACUGGAUUUGUGGUUGAGCAUGAUUUUAUUAUGGCAACAUAUUUAGCCGAUAGAGUCAUAGUCUUGGAAGGCCAACCAUCUAUUACUUCAACAGCCAAUGCUCCUCAAGGCUUGUUAGCAGGAAUGAAUCGUUUCUUGGAAUUACUUGGAAUUACAUUUAGAAGAGAUCCUAAUAACUUCCGCCCACGUAUAAAUAAAACAAAUUCUGUAAAGGAUGUGGAGCAAAAAAGAGCUGGCCAAUAUUUUUUCUUGGAAGAUUAAAUUGUUAUGUUAAACUUAUUUUUUCAAUGUAUAUUAUUUACAUUAAAUAUCAUAAGUACAAAUUUUGAUAUAA